AUGACGUCAAAGAUUAAUUAUCAAUUUGAAGAAAUACAAAGAUUAUUGGCUGAAAAAGACGACAAAAGUGAAUUCAUUGAUCAGCAAAUGAAAUUUACUAAUGGAAAUUGUACCAACAAAACAGCCACACUAUUGUCAAAGAGAUUGGAAAAUGAAAACGAAGACAAAUAUUACAAGUCAUUGUGCAAAACUCUGAUGAUAGAGGACAUUUUAUCCAAUAACAUUAAUGUUGAAAAAACUGUUAAGUUUACGGAGGAUAACAUUAUUUUGAACGAAAAAUAUCAUAGUUCCAAGAAAGAUUUGAAAUCGAUACUUGACAAUGUCGAAAUUUGUAAAUACCAUUAUGGGUUAUAUUUCGAUGAAACCUACAACGGGGCCGAUAAAACUGAAAUAGUGAAGUUGAUAAUGUCAACCUUCAAUCAAUUAAUUACUAAUGGAUAUAUGUGCUAUUGGAAAUCAAUGACCAAAGUAAUAAAAAAAAAUGCAGUUCUCUGGACAACGCCGACGCACAAAUCAACUGGAAUGCACUUUAAAUUCAAUUUUCCGUUCGAGAACUGUUCCAUAUCCAAUAGUCUUAUACGCGUAGACAGAAAUAAAAAUUUAAUUAAAAAUAAUAAUCAGACAGAUGGUGGAUUUGAGUCCUUACAAUACUAA